AUGUCGGAUCGGUGUAAACCGCUCACAUACAUCCAACGAAAAGAAUUGCGCAGACCGCUGACUCCAUUUCCUUUUCACCGUACAUUAGGCUGCAUUACCUGCAAGGCAAAGAGACUAAAAUGUGACGAAUCGAAGCCGACCUGUCUCCAAUGCAAGAAGCGCAACGUGGAGUGUGGAGGUUACAAAAAGGACUUUAAAUGGCGUCCAUUCGAAGAAACCAACGUGGUCAGCAGGAUUUCUUCUAUUCAAGCCAGGAAGAGUGAUCCGGCCACAUCAGGCAAAGAAAGGAGGGCCAGUCGUUCAGUGCAGGCGGGUAAGGAUCGUCAACCUUGGCCGGUUAGCGCUCGAUCGUCCACACCGACAGCAUCCUCUCUGGAAUCGAAUGAUGUUGCACCCAUUCAUACAAUCCAGUCAGGGAAUUCGCCUUCCACUGAUUCACCACUUGCAUCGACACAGGAAAACCUCGCAUCUCGGAACGGUGGCAUAGCUCGUUUCCUGGACUUCAGUAAAGCAGAAGAUGAGCUCUUCGCGCCGUUUUUCGCAGAUAGUUCACCACUGGAGCAGUCUCCACGGCUCUCCGAUAUUGUACCCUCCGCUCUGGAUAUCCAUACGAGCCCAAUACGAAGGCCACUGGGGCUGGCUUCGCAGAACACAACUCUUCGAUCGGGCAACUUGAGCUUUGCAGCACUUCUUGGAGAGGACAAUGAUAAAAUAGAAGAAAUAGCCCGCCAGUCCGAUGAGUAUAUUGAUCCGUGGCUGGUAGGAUUUUCCGAUGGCGGGGCGUCGUCAGAGACGUCGAAUACCCCCGCUAUGCUGACCAAGGAGCCAAAAUUCGAUAUUGCCAGUCCCGAAAUGUUGGCACUGCAAUUCGACAGAUUCACUUGCGGGAUUUUGUCUGUCAAGGAUGGGGUAAAUGAAAACCCCUGGAGGACUCUGAUAUGGCCUCUGGCCGCAGAGACUCCAGCCUUAUAUCAUGCGAUAUUCUCUAUGACGGCUUUCCAUUCAAGCAAGGACAAUCCGGGCCUAAGAAUGCACGGCGUUGAUCAUAUGAGAAGAAGCAUUACUUACAUGGUCCAAGAUAUACAGAACAUGCGGGCAGAUGCUGCCUUAGCUACGAGCUUGGCGCUGGCAUUCGCGGACACAUGGGAUCAACACACCCGUAACUGUAUCCAGCAUGUACGCGGGGCCAAGGCACUCGUAUUGCAGGUCCUGAGGUCUAAGGUUCGGGAUGCAAACGACAUCGAGAGAAUCCGGUUUCUAUACAACACCUGGUUGUAUAUGGACGCGAUCGCACGCUUAACCUCUCGGGACGACGAGGGAGAUCAGGAUAUGAAUGUCUCCAUCUUCCAGCUGCCCCGGGAUGCAGUUCAUGAGAUUGACCCUUUGAUGGGCUGCGCCACUACACUCUUUCCACUCAUCAACCAGGUCGCCAGACUGAUCCAACGGGUUCGGAAGACGGAAUCAAAUUCAAUUUCUCUUGUCUCUCAGGCUAUCGAGCUAAAAAGACUUAUUGAGCAAUGGGAACCACCGGAGUGGUUCGUGCCGCCGGAGGAUCCAACAUCCGAAGUACAGCACAGUAUCCAGACGGCACACGCCUAUCGUUGGGCCACUUUGUUGUAUCUUCAUCAAGCAGUGCCAGAAAUGCCCUCAGAGCCAGCUAGUGACCUGGCCAAGCGUGUAUUGAUACUGCUGGCUACUGUUCCUUCGGGUUCCCGGACGACGAUUGUUCAGAUGUUCCCUCUGAUAGCAGCUGGAUGCGAGGCCGAACCAGGAGAGGAUCGCCAGUGGGUUUUGAGUCGAUGGAGAGCGAUCCAGUCUCGUCUCAUGAUAGGGUCCAUCGAUCGAUGUAUUGAAGUAGUUCAGGAAGUUUGGUCUCGCCGUGACAUCACCGAGGCAGAAAAGCAGCGACGCAGGGAGCGAGUGCUCAACAGCUCCAAUUUCCAGAGCAAAGGCGGUCCGGGUUUAACAUCUCAGGAAACGAAGGAACGAUUCAUCAGCAGUUUCACCAUUUCUUCCGACUCAGCAGUAUCGUCUAGACCCCCAUUCGUAGGCGCUCGAAGAAGCUCGGCUGUGUCGCCAUUGGAAAACAUCGAGUUCGAGAAGACAGUUAGAGGUAAAUUACAUUGGGUCAGUGUUAUGCAAGAAUGGGGAUGGGAAGUGUUUCUGGGAUAA